AUGGAGUACACUUAUACAAAGAAGAGAAUGCAUUUUGGGAAGAGAUGUAACUUCUCCGACUCAGAUAAAAUAGAAGUGGAAAUCAAAUCGAAUCCAGCGCUGAUGAAUAAUUAUGUUAGAAUGGAUCCUGUGACACACGCUACGCAAUGCAGUAAAGUCUAUGCAGUUCACGAGGUGAAUACUACUACUGCGACGUAUAAGGACAACAAAAUGUUUCAUUAUGAGGGUGGCUGGCCGAAGGAUAUAAAUAUGAAAGACUUGGAACAAACAGUUAGAUAUAGACGCAAGAUUGAGAAAGAUGAAUUAUAUAUUCAUACGAUGCUUCAACUGCUACCUUCGAUAGAGCAUUGCAUUUUGCAAAACAAUGCUUGCAACGUUUACGAACACUAUUUCGCCGACAUGGAGACGAUUCCAUUGAGACAAAGAGCUUCCUCACGUACGGUGAAUGUUUACCGCGAUCCUUUAACAUUGAAAAGACAAAUCACUCAUCUAUCGUGGUCACCUGACCAAGGUAAUCGCUUUGCGGCUAGUUAUUGCAACGCCGAUUACAAAAAUAUCUCCAGCGGCAAUUACACGUCGUACAUCUGGGAAGUAGAAAAUCCAAAUAAUCCUUAUGUAACGCUAAAACCUUUUUGCCCAAUCUUGACGUUGGAAUACAAUCCUAAGGACAGCAAUAUUUUAGUGGGUGGUCUGACGACUGGGCAAGUGGCUUGCUGGGAUAUUAGAAGGGGACCAGAAACGGUGGACACUAGCUCAGUCGAGUUUAGCCACAGAGAUCCCUGUGAUAAGACUCUAUGGAUUAAUUCUAAGACUGGUACCGAGUUUUUCAGCGCCUCAAAAGAUGGACAGAUAAAAUGGUGGGAUACUAGAAAGAUGCUAAUUCCAACGGAGACUUUGGUAAUAGAUUUAGUGAAGCCAGAAAAUCAGAACGUGGACAAAGCUACCGGUAUCUCGGCUCUUCAGUUCGAACCUUCGAUGGGAACGCGUUUUAUGUGUGGCUUGGAAAAUGGUGUUGUAAUAUCAGGUAAUCGCAAAGGUAAAACACCCGGUGAAAAAAUCGCAACUAGAUUUAGAGCUCAGUAUGGGCCAGUCAUAAGUCUAGAGAGAAACCCAACAUUUGUAAAAAACUUUUUAACGGUCGGCGAUUGGACCUCGAGAAUUUGGUCUGAAGACUGUAGAGAAUCUUGUAUAGCAUGGACACCCGGUCAUCGAGAUUUUUUAACGGGUGGUGCAUGGAGUGCUACACGUUAUUCCGUGUAUUUCCUGAUCAAAGUUGACGGCACUUUAGACGUAUGGGAUUUUCUAAUUCAGCAGGACAGCCCAGUUCUCAGUAUAAAGGUUUGUGACGAAAGCUUGACCUGUUUACGAGCGCACGAACAAGGUCAACUGGCUGCAGUGGCGAAUAAAAAGGGUUCAACUUAUUUGCUCGAAUUUUCGGAAGCUUUGACUAUUAAUCAAAAAAAUGAUAAAUUACUAUUAACUGCGCUUCUUGAUCGUGAAACGCGCCGCGAAAAAGUAAUAGAAGCGAAAAAUAGGGAACAACGAUUAAAAAUGAAGACUUUAAAGAUGCAUGACGAAUCAGAUCUCACUGAUGCUUUCCCGAAAUUGGAUGAACGGGAAGAUUCUAAAGAAUUUUCAAGCGGUUUGAGGAACGCACUGAUAGUACAAUGCGAACAGGAAUAUGAAAAUAUUAUUAACGUGGUAUUGGUAGCUAGGACUGUAGGAGGUGCUUAAGUUAAGUUACUUAUAGCACAUCAUUCGUUUCCGCAUCCUUCCUCACACGAUACUUUGCAAGUUUAAGUCAGUUAGCUUGUUGUGCUUUCAAAACAAGGACAUUUUCUAUAUUUUUAUUUUCUGAUUUUUCAUUCGUAGCAGUUAAAUAACGAAGUAAGUUCGAAUAUUUAAUCAUAUUCUAUUUUAAUGACAAGUCGGAAUAUAAUACAUAGCAAAAAAUGAUAGAUUCAAGAAACAUUUUUCCUAUUUUUUAAUUUCAUUGUUUUGUUUGAAUAUACAGUCAUUUAAAAAUUUAAAACGGAUUUUCCAGGAUUUAUAUAGAUAAAUAAAUAUAUU